CGCAGCACUUCAGUGAAUCUAAAACAUUAGACAUGGAUGACCCUCGACAAAAUGGCUCCACACAUAGGCUACUCUAUCAACAACCCUCUGGCUAUGGUGACAUCAUGGAUUAAUAUCGGCGGAUGAGAGGGAAGGUUUCGAUGCGGAGUCAUCCGUGGAUAGCAUUAAGCAAAUGCACUUUUACAAUUUGAGACAUUUUUACGCACGGUCUAAUCUAUCCAAUAACCGCAGAAAUGUUGGAAAAACUGAAACCAGAACUUGGGCAGCUCAGUCCUAUGGGCAAGGAAUGCAAGUCUCCACAUCAUGACAGCCUGACUACUUCCAUAGCAGGUCGUGUAAGUGGGGAGGGGGGCGAAGCUGGUGGUGAGACACAGGAAAACACGACGGCGGCGUCAGCGGACUCAGCUGAGAGGAAGCAUGUCCCAGGGGAGCACUGCAACAGGACUAUCGUCUUUAAUGCCGUUACCAAGGAAACGGCGUACCACAGCGAGCAAAAAAAGGAAGUGCCUGUUAUCGAAUUGGCCAGAAGAGGAGGGCUCGUGGAUAUAAAAGCUAGCGAGCUGACGGCAGACGGCAAUCACAGGGUACAGACCACCGAGCUGUGUAGACCGCCGAUUCCCCUGCCACCGCCUCCCCGGGACCCCUUAUUGAGCGAAACUCGAAUGGUGCAGUUGAGCCAACCUGGGUUCCCGCUCCCUGCACGAGCGAUGCUGUACAGUAACUUUGCUCAACCGCUCGCCACCAUGAACAGUGGCUAUGGUGGCGAGAUGGAACAGUAUGGCAUGUACCCCAGCCAUCGGAUCAAACGUCGACCUGCGCCUUAUGAGAUUGAAAUCAACGAUGGUAAUGGCUCGCAGCCCAAAAUCGUGCGGCGGAUUUUCACCAACAGUCGUGAGCGCUGGCGCCAGCAGAAUGUGAAUGGUGCCUUCGCCGAGCUUCGCCAGCUCAUCCCCACCCACCCGCCCGACAAGAAGCUCUCCAAGAACGAGAUCCUCCGAUUGGCCAUGAAGUACAUCAACUUCCUGUCCAAGCUCCUGGACGACCAGGAAGGUGUGUUGGAGGCCAGCGAUGGCGUUGGCGUUGUGGGGGCGCGGGCCCACGAGGGCCGAGAGGAGAGCCUGGUCCGGGAAGAGCUCCUCCAGGGGAUGCUGUCAUCCAGCAACUCCAGUUGCGGGAGUCUCCUGGACGGGGACGGUAGUCCCGACAGCUACACCGAGGACCAGGACUUGUCUGUGGGGUCUCGAACGCCCACCUCCAGAGGCCUCCAUCAUCACUCUGGACUCCACAUGGAUGGACGAAACCACAGAUGACUCUACGUUUUCUCUAUGGGGAGAAGAAAAGAGACAAUGUGAGACGCAGGAGGUUGGCAAUUUUUUACCAACCAGGAGUGAAUGGGCAUCAAUAGGAUGGUUCCGAUGGCGAUACAUUUCGUGUUGUGUACAGAUUUUAUCUUUCUCUAAUUCCUGUUUCCCUCAAUGGCCCUGUCUGUUGUUGGCUUUUCCAGAGGUGGGUAUGUUCGCUGGUGGAACAUAAGGCUUUGUCCCAACUGCUGUUGUAAGCAGGUGAUGGAUUGGAAGUCAUGACAGACCUAAAAUGGAACUCAGAACAUAAUAUUGAAAAACAAUUAAGGGAAUUUCCAAAAAAGGUAUGAAUCUCAUAAUGGUACCUUUUCUUGCCUGAGAUCAAAAUUUGUUUAGGUACACUGCUUGAGUCUUUAAAUGAGAUUUAAACAGUACUACGGACUGUACUAAAUUUAAGUGAUUUGUUUUCAUCUCAGAGCCCUCUAAUGUCCAUUUUUUGUUAUGUUAGUAACUCAAGUUUGGAGUUAUCAAAUAAUAGUAUUGCGACCUGAAUUCCAGUAAUGUUUUUCUUGAACAUCACCUCAUAAGUUGUUGGAUAACACAGUUUAUCCCCAUACACAUAGUGUUGCAGUGAGAUAACUGAUAAUAACCGAUAAUCGGUAAAAAAACAAACAGUGGGAGAUCUCUGUGUUGCUGUCAAUGUUUAUGUUGGGAGAAGAACAAACUGUUCAAAAGUGUAUUUGUUAAUGUGAUAUUCACAUAAACCACAUGGUUACAAUAUUUACCAUACAAAAUUGAAUUGAGGUCAAAUUAUUGCCAUUUUUGGAUGGCAUAAUAUGGAUGGCAUAUUAGUAUGACAUGCGCACGACACAGAGACACGGAGAGAGAGAGAGACAGAGAGAGAGACACAGAGACAGACAGACACAUACACACGAGGGCAUGAUUCCUGUCCAAUAAUAGAACUACAAAAUAACAUUAUAAUAUCUCUGUAUCUUGCAAUGUAAGAGGUACAAGUGUACAUAAAAACAGACUUGUACAUUUGUAUUGAACAAUGAAACUUGACAUUUUUGUACUGCUUCUUUCAUUGUGACCAUGGUACAUUGAGUUUAUAAUUUUUUAUUUUAUUGAUAACAUUAAUCAAGUAAGUGUUUUACUACUGUAUUAGACAUUAUGUACGUCUGCUAUAUCAGCAGACUAUUGAGUAACCAGAAAUGGUACCUUUAAGUCUUUGAUGUAUUAAACAAAAAAAGGGUUAUUAUUUUUUAUGUGAUAUUUAGUAAGAAAUAACCUUUGUUGUUAUGGAGACAUCUAUAAAUAUAUGCAAUGUUAUAUCUCAGAAUUGUAUAUACCACAAAAUAAAAAUAGGGAUA